AUGUCGACCAAACAGUCCGAGAAUCCCUCGAUCCAGGGCGAGGACGGAAAAGACUCGAGCGAGACGGAAGAGAAUCCUCCUCAGGAACACGACGAUCCUACACAUGGAAGCAGUUCAGGGGGAGACACCACGAAUCAUAAUCCAAAAAUCCCCAGCUUUGAGGCUAUGAAUGGCGUGGACAAAGUAAUCAAGUUUUCCGGGUCCCAGAACUGA